CACCUUCAAGGCUAAUUGUUUGUCAUUAGUGUAUGAUUAAGAUUAUUAAGGCUUAUAUCAACCAUGCCAAGUAGGAACCCUCAUUUUCUUCUUUCUCAAGUUUCCUUUUAGCCCUAGCUAGAUUAUGCAAAAUCAUUCACUUUUUUCAACGUUAUCGAAUAUCACUGUAAUUAAUUGAGAAAUUCAGAUCUUUUAAUGCUCUCAUUUGUUGGCUGUUCUAGUCUUUUUCUCCCAAGUUUUUAUUUUUAUUUCAUAUAAUCGAGAUCUGGGGGUGAAAUUAGGUUUUAUGUUUUGGGGGUGAUCUUGCUAGAUUACACGCAUGAAACGUACACAGCACACAUGUGAUUGUUUCUCAAGAACAUGUAUAAAUCCCAAUACAUAAGCGGCCAGCGAGAAAAAUUUGUUAGGUUAGAUGAUCUAGAUUCAAGUGCUUCUCAUUCUACUGGAAUGAUGACGAAGAGAAACUGUUUCGGAUUCCCCGUCAAGAAUCGAGGUAGCGAAAAGAAGAGAGCCUCCAAAUCUUUCAGGGAAGGUGUCAAAAUCGGAUCAGAAGGUCUGUUUUCCAUCGGCAAAUCCGUAACGAGAGCUGUUUUCCCUGAAGAUCUAAGAAUAUCAGAGAAGAAAAUCUUCGACCCUCAAGACAAAACACUCCUCAUAUGGAACAGAAUGUUGGUCAUUUCUUGUAUUUUAGCUGUCUCCGUUGACCCGCUCUUCUUCUAUCUCCCCAUUGUGGACAACUCGGGGAGCAGCUGUAUAGGGAUCGACACGAAGCUAGCCGUUACAACAACGACUCUUAGAACGAUUCUUGACGUCUUUUAUCUAACUAGAAUGGCUCUUCAGUUUCGUACAGCUUACAUAGCUCCUUCUUCUCGUGUGUUUGGUCGUGGUGAGCUUGUGAUUGAUCCUGCUAAGAUCGCUCAACGGUAUUUAACACGUUAUUUCAUUGUUGAUUUCCUCGCAGUGCUUCCCUUACCGCAGAUUGCGGUAUGGAAGUUUCUUCACGGAUCAAAAGGAAUGGAUGUGUUACCUACGAAAACAGCUCUGUUGAACAUUGUAAUCACGCAGUACAUUCCAAGAUUCGUUAGGUUUAUACCGUUAACGUCGGAACUAAAGAAGACUGCGGGAGCUUUUGCUGAAGGAGCUUGGGCUGGUGCUGCUUAUUAUCUCCUCUGGUAUAUGCUUGCAAGCCACAUAACUGGAGCUUUCUGGUAUAUGUUGUCAGUGGAACGUAAUGAUACUUGUUGGAGAUUUGCGUGUAAAGUCCAACCAGAUCCAAAACUAUGUGUUCAGAUUCUGUAUUGUGGAACCAAAUUUGUGAGCAGCCGUGAAACAGAGUGGAUCAAGACAGUCCCUGAGCUUCUCAAGAGCAACUGUUCUGCUAAAGCAGAUGAUGCAAAGUUCAACUAUGGGAUCUAUGGCCAGGCUAUAUCUUCAGGCAUUGUAUCAUCAACAACGUUUUUCUCCAAGUUCUGUUAUUGUCUUUGGUGGGGUCUUCAAAAUCUCAGUACGUUAGGUCAAGGGCUGCAAACAAGUACAUUUCCAGGAGAGGUUCUGUUCUCCAUUGCGAUUGCUAUAGCUGGGCUUCUUCUUUUCGCGCUUCUGAUCGGGAACAUGCAGACUUAUCUUCAGUCACUUACCGUUCGUCUUGAGGAGAUGAGGAUCAAAAGACGUGACUCGGAACAGUGGAUGCACCACAGGUCACUUCCACAGAACCUUAGGGAAAGAGUCAGACGCUAUGAUCAAUACAAAUGGUUAGAAACAAGAGGCGUGGACGAAGAGAACAUAGUCCAGAGUUUACCAAAGGAUCUAAGGAGAGACAUAAAACGCCAUCUCUGUCUGAAUUUAGUUAGGAGGGUUCCUCUGUUUGCUAAUAUGGAUGAAAGAUUACUUGACGCGAUCUGCGAGAGGUUAAAGCCAAGUCUCUACACGGAGAGUACUUACAUUGUCCGUGAGGGAGACCCGGUUAACGAAAUGCUCUUCAUAAUCCGAGGCCGGUUAGAGAGUGUAACCACAGAUGGAGGAAGAAGCGGUUUCUUCAACAGAGGGUUACUGAAAGAAGGAGACUUUUGCGGUGAAGAGCUUCUGACUUGGGCGCUUGAUCCUAAAGCAGGCUCAAACCUACCUUCUUCCACAAGAACGGUAAAGGCUCUGACUGAAGUAGAGGCUUUCGCUCUCGAAGCCGAAGAGCUCAAGUUUGUAGCAAGUCAGUUUAGGAGACUUCAUAGCCGACAGGUUCAACAGACGUUUAGGUUUUACUCUCAGCAAUGGAGAACUUGGGCUUCUUCCUUCAUCCAAGCUGCUUGGCGUCGCCAUUCGAGAAGGAAGAACGCUGAGCUGAGAAGGAUUGAAGAAGAGGAAGACGAGAUGGGUUAUGAAGAUGAGUAUGAUGAUGAUGAUGCUGAGGAGGAAGACGAGAGGACUCCAGUGUUUACAAGAACCGAGUCUUCUUCUAGACUACGUUCGACGAUAUUUGCUUCGAGAUUUGCUGCUAAUGCAUUGAAAGGUCACAGACUAAGGAGCACAGAGAGUUCAAAGAGGUUGUUGAAUCUGCAAAAGCCUCCGGAACCUGAUUUUGAUGCUGAAUAAAUGCAUUUAUUAUAUACACAUAAAAUGCUAUAUAUAUUAUGUAACUUGUUUUACAAACUUUUUAAGAUUAUUUACACAAGAGCCAAUGAUCCUUCAAAGACCUGCAUUGCAUUUUUAACAGCUCCUACGUCGAUAUCGGCUA